GAUAAAAAGUGAUUGUUAUCUUGAACAGGUUUAAAUUAGAGAAGAAAUACCGAUAACCUACGAUAAUACGCCAUUUAGUGAGCAGCAGUUGAUGGUGGUAUACGCGAUGACCUUUGCUUAUUCGAUAAUCAAACGCGUCUGUAUAAUUGGUUGUUGCUUGAGAUGCAAGUAUAGUUACCAUCAUGCCGAAUAAACAUGUCGCAGUUGUAGGAAGCGGUGGCCGAGAACACGCGCUGUGUUGGAAACUAAGCCAGUCUGAUUCGGUUUCCGAAAUUUUCGCCAUUCCUGGUAAUGGCGGAACAGCUACGUGUAAAAAAGUCACCAACGUUGAUAUUGAUGUGAAUGAUUUUGAGGCUCUCAUCUCAUGGCUAAAAGAACGCGAUGUAUCGAUGGUCAUUAUCGGACCCGAGGUCCCAUUAGCAAAAGGAAUAUCAAAUGCGCUUUGGAAAAAUAACAUCAUGUGCUUUGGUCCUACUGCCGAAGCUGCUAAAAUAGAAUCCGAUAAAGAAUGGGCUAAGCAGUUCAUGAAUAGGCAUCGCAUACCAACUGCGCGAUGGAAAUCGUUCCGAAAUACCAAUGAAGCUAAACGUUUCAUCAGGAACGCACCUUUUAACGCUUUAGUAAUCAAAGCUGCCGGAUUAGCCGCUGGUAAAGGUGUUAUUGUUGCUAAUAACGUAGAUGAAGCCUGUGACGCGGUUGAUAUUGUCGAAAAACAAGGUUCUGCUGCUGAUGUUAUUAUCGUUGAAGAACGUUUAGAUGGCGAAGAAGUCUCGGUACUAGCGUUUACUGACGGCAACACUGUAAAAGUCAUGUUACCGGUACAAGAUCAUAAAAGACUACUGAACAAUGAUAAAGGCCCGAAUACCGGUGGUAUGGGUGCUUUUUGUCCUUAUGCUUUGACUGAAGAUGACAUGGAGUUUAUCGAAGAUGAAAUCAUGCAGCAUACUGUAUCGAGUAUGGCAAGCGAAUUCAACAAAUUCGUAGGAGUACUUUAUGCCGGACUUAUGAUUACAAAAGAUGGAGUCAAAGUGUUAGAAUUCAACUGUAGAUUUGGUGAUCCUGAAACUCAAGUAUUGAUGCCUUUAUUGGACAGCGAUCUGUACAAAAUUUUCGAAGAUUGCUGUGCCGGUCAUUUGAAAGACAAUAAAAGUGUGAAAUGGAAACAAAACAAAUCGUGUGUUGGAGUUGUAAUCGCUUCUAAAGAAUAUCCAUAUAGUAGCGGCGAACCACAACCAGUUUCAAACCUUUCUAAAUUCGAGGAGUAUCGAGAUUUGUAUGUUUUUCAUGGAAAUACGUCUUCAAGCGGAGAAAGUAUCCUGGCACGUGGAGGUCGUGUCUUCAACGUUGUAGCUCUCGAUACUACCUUAACCAGAGCUUCAGCCAGAGCAACUAGAGCCUGUGCAGAAGUUGAAUUCCCUGGUGCUCAAUUCCGCACAGAUAUAGGCUGGAAAGGAAUUACAAGGUCUAUCUUGAAAUAUGGAAAAACCACUUAUCAAUCUGCUGGCGUUGAUAUUACUGCUGGAAACGAUCUCAUUAAAACCAUGAAAGCUCAUAUCGAAUCAACUUUCAACGACGAUGUUGUCUCAUCGAUUGGAGGAUUCGGGGCACUUUAUGAUGCCAGUUUUAGAGAAUACAAACAUCCUAUCUUGGUAUCCGGUUGUGACGGAGUUGGAACAAAGUUAAAGAUUGCGCAAAAGUGUCAAAAUCAUACCACUAUUGGACAAGAUUUGGUAGCUAUGUGCGUCAACGAUAUUUUAGCUCAAGGUGCUAAACCUUUAUUUUUCCUCGAUUAUUUUGCCUGUGGUCGAUUAGAAGAGAAUAUAGCGAGUGAUGUUAUCGCUGGUAUUGCAAAAGGCUGUAAAUUAGCUGACUGCGCGCUAGUAGGGGGAGAAACCGCCGAAAUGCCUGGAUUUUAUAAAAAAGAUGAAUACGAUUUAGCUGGGUUUGCUGUGGGCGUGGUAGAUAAAGCGAUGGUGUUACCAAAGGGGGUCCGGGAAGGAGACAAAGUAAUCUAUUUACCUUCCAGUGGUAUUCACUCGAAUGGAUACAGCCUUGUUCGAAAAAUAUUUGACGAUUACUCUGCAGAAGAUUUAUCUGCUGUUGCACCUUUCAGUUCUGAGGGGAAAACGUUUGCGGAAGAAUUACUAACUCCAACUAAAAUUUACACCAAAGAAAUUUUACCAUUGGCAGAAAAGGGACUAAUCAAAGCUUUCGCUCAUAUAACUGGCGGUGGCUUAUUGGAAAACAUAGGUAGAGUGUUGCUUCCAUACCACAAAGUUGAAUUGAAUGCCUUAGCGUGGGAUAUCUUACCAGUAUUUGGAUGGAUAGCAGCAAUAGGUGGUGUUAACGAAGAAGAAAUGUUACGAACUUUCAAUUGCGGAGUUGGCGGUGUAAUUAUUGCUAGCCCAGAAAAUGUUGGCGAAAUAAUUGAAUUUUUGCAAACAGACGUAAUCGGAGAAGUGAGAGUAAAAGGAUUAACUGAACGUCAAGUACAGGUGCGAAAUUUUGAAAAAGCCAUAUCAAAAGUGAUGAAUCCGUUGAUCCCUGUUUUAUUGAGUCCUAAGUAUACGGCUUAUAAACGUGUAGCUGUCAUGAUUUCUGGCACUGGUUCAAAUUUAAAAGCAUUAAUCGAGAGCACGAUAAAUGAUCCUCAUUCACCAGCUAAAAUUGUAUAUGUAAUUUCUAGUCGAGCUAAUGUAAAUGGAAUUCGCAUUGCGGAAGAAUAUGGAAUUCCUCAUCAAGUAAUUCCAAGGAUCAAAAAAAAAUCGGUUGAAAAUAAUGACAGACUAAUAGCAAACUCAUUGCAAAACGAAAAGAUCGAUAUAAUUUGUCUUGCUGGUUACAUGCAUAUUUUAUCCGACUGGUUCGUUAAGCAGUGGAGUGGAAAGCUGAUUAACAUACAUCCCUCCUUGUUACCUUCAUUCAAAGGAUUAGCUGCUCAACAACAAGCUUUAAAUGCCGGAGUGAAAUUUACUGGAUGCACAGUUCAUUUCGUUGAAGCCGAAGUUGAUUCUGGAGGAAUUAUCGAUCAAAGAGUGGUGCCAAUAUAUCCCAAUGAUACAGAAGAAAUAUUGGUGGAGCGAAUUAAAGAAUAUGAACAUGAAGUUUUCCCACAUGCUUUGAAAUUACUCGCAUCGGGAAAGAUAGAACUUGAUCCAGUUACCAAAAAAGUUAUAUGGCAUUAAAAUUUUAAUCAUUAUCGAAUUAUUUUUUUAAAAUAUAUUUUAAAUAAAAUCUUCUCAUUUUUACAAAA